AAAGAUAGAUGUUUCGUUGAGAAACAAAUUGUAUUAUGUCUGGAUUAUAUUUGUUUUCUCACUACAUUCAUUCUACCAGACAAACUCUCUUUUAUCUUAUCACUGUUACAUAUUCUAUUGUUGUAAUAUUCUUAUUCGAUUGUAAAUAUGCUUGUUUUAUUGGUUAUUUAUUAUGUAAUAUUUAUUGGUUUAUCUUUUUGUAAUAUGUAAUCUUGUUCAAUAGAAGUUUAACCGUACUGUGAAUAUGUUUAUGUAAAAAAAAAAAAAAAAGAAAGAAAAAAAAAAGGAAAAAAAAAGGGAAAAAAGGAAAAGAAAAAGAGAAAAAAGUAAUAAAAAUAAUGACGAUGACGAAAAUUCUUUAAGAGAAUUUGCAUAAAUUGAUUGACAAGGAAAAAAACAAGACAAAAAUAUCAUCACACUUGAAAAAUUGCAUAGAUUGGGACUCUUGUGCGAAAGCAAAGAAGAAGAAAAGGAUUCGUUCGUGAAAUUCAGUGCUUCGCUAAUAUUUUUCAAUUUGUUUUCGCGGAAGGAAAAAGACGACGACAAGGUCGAACGCCGGAGUGACGUCUAUAAUUAGUCAUCGACGAGAAUUCUGAUAACAAUAACAACGGUCGUAUUUAACGAAUUUCACGCGAAGAAAAGAAGAAAGCAGCACACGUGUAACGCGCGUUUGAUUAUUUUUCUGUUUUUUUUUCUUUUUUUUUUUUUCUUUUUUUUUUGUAGAAGAGAUCCAAAAGAUAUAUCAUCGAUCGUCCUCGUGAAUCAUUCUUCUUUUUGUUAAAUACAUGUGCCUGUGUAUAUGUGCGUUUACGCGUAUAUACAUAUACACACAUAUACCAUAAUCGAAAUUAUCAUCGAACUGAAAGUCGAACGUUCUUCUUGUUGCAAUGUUUCGAUAAUCGUCGACAAGACGUCCGCGAAAGACGUUCCUUUGUGAUCACUAUAAUCAGAGUUUAACCGAAUACCAAAGGUGGCGUUAGAAAUCGUAACCGUUAGAAGGAAUCGUAACCGGCGAUUAGAGAUAAAGAGAUAAAAUAUAGAUCGUAGAGAGGAACGAAAUAAGAAGGAUCUUUUUUUCGAAGAACGAUUGUACAAGAGAAAAUAAUCAUUAUGAGUUCGGUGAUGUCUUAUCUCGAUGCGAUUCAAGCGAUUCCAGGUGACACACCUACCAAAAAAUAUCAAUGGAUAUCGAAAUUGAUUAAAGAUCGUAUUAAAGUCGAAGGGCAGGAAUUGGAUUUGAAUAACUGGGGGAACGAUAUACGUCAGCCGUUGAUACCACUUGUGAAAAUAAUAGCUGGUAAUAUGUUAAAGAAGUACGAUGUGAUUACCGAAGCUUUAAAAUCGGAAGAUUUGUUUAUCGUAUCGAAAGCGUUAAAAGCUCGUUGGUAUUUCGACGGACGUAAUAAGAACAUAGUAAACGUUAACUUCUUCUUCGAAAACAUCUUACCGUACGUGUCCUUGAAAGCUAGAAAACGGAUUAUAAAGAGUUUGUCUUGUCAUUUGGGAAGGAAGCAUCCGGCCUUGGCCGAGGAAUUCUUUUUAGCUUUAUCGAAAGCUUACGGCGUGGACCAAUCUAUAGUUUUAUUACGUGCAUGUAACGAAUCAUUCAUAUACGAUGUAAUCGUUCGUCAUAGAAUCGUAAUUUCGAACAACGUCUUGAAAAAAUGGUAUUUAACCAAGCCGGAUCUUGUAAUACGUUAUUUGAAACUCGAUCGGCCAAACGACGAUCAUUUAGUGCGAAACACUCACAAGGUAUCCAUUCACCAAUACUCCAGCUUUUUACCGAUGUUAAUAAAAAAAAAUCUAGAAGAUUUCAUCGAGAUUUUCGAAAGGUACGAGAGUCAUCCGCCGGUGGUCAAUUUAAAGUUUAAAUGCGCCAAUAUAUUCCUUAAAAACGCUAAGGAAACGUUCCUAAAUAAGCCAAAGUUAUUCAUCAAUAUGAUACCUCUUAAGUUGAUAGACGCUAAUCGCAUGGAGAUUAUAUUCCCGAAAUUGCUGCCAAAGGAUAUAAACAAGUUUAAUACCAAUCAGAUGUUGAAGUAUCUCGAGCAUUAUCCAGUUGAGAAGCAGGCGAACCUCUUGUUAAAAUCUCACGAAGAAAUUUAUAAGAAGAGCUUGUUCGACAAAGUUUCCAACGUAACGUCAAAUUUACUUUCUAUAUUGCCGGUCAAUCAACGAAUCAUAGAGACCCGACGAUUGAUUUCUCAAAACUCGAACAAUUACACGUACGAUUUGAAUUACAAGCGUGUAUGGAGAUGUUACUUACCAACGAAAGAGAUAAUACCAACGAUCAUAAGCGAAAUAAACAAGGCCAAAUUUAGUGCGGACAGGGUGGCCUCGUUAGUACAGAUAAUUUAUUCCUGUAAGAUAAAUCAGGACGACGAUGCAUUAUUCGAGAUUUUAGAACACAUCAAUAUAAGACACAAAAACGAGGACAGUUGGUUCUGGGCAUCUUUGUUCGAAGGAUUUCGUAAUAUCUAUGAUCUCUCGGAUUUGAGUAGAAGACAUUGGAUCAUUAUAGACGAAAUUAUCGAAAGGAAUUACAUUAAAGAACAAUUAUCUACGUAUUAUCCGAGGAACAGGUUGCUCUUAGAAUCCGCAAUUCGUUUUAGAUUGAAGAAUCACUUGUCGUUGAAAAAGAUUUUAGAUAUCUUCGUGGAAAUAGAACUGCAAAAUUGGAACAACAGGUGGAUAAUUCAGGAUAACGCUGAAUAUCAGAAAAAGUGUUUGAAUCAUAUACUUGAGAUUAUAGAAAAGAAAUUCGAAACGAAGGAUCCUCAAUGGGAGAAAACAAGCAUGUUAAGCAUGGUAAACGAUCUUUUACUCGCUAUAAGCAAUUACAAUAGACGCCACGCAAAGAAGGGAACGAAUCAGCAAUUGAAAAAAUUGUAUUUGAAAAAUUAUCCGUGGCUUAUGGAACAGACCCGAUUGAUAGUCACUAAAGUACCACCGAUCGAGAGUUAUCUCGUCGAUGCUAUAAAGAAGAAUUUGAAGAAGGAGGACGAAGAUCUGUACAAAUUGUGGGUGGUAGAGGAAGAAAAUGCUGGGAACAUUGAUUCUGGGAAAGCAUUGGCACAAUUGAAGAAGAAUCCGGAAUUCGUCUUGAAACAAUUUACUGAUUAUUUGAACAAUUGCGAGACGAGUAGGCACGUUAAAACUAUGAAACGUUUUAUAACUACCAGCCGUUGGUACAAGGACAUACCGAUAAAAUUUAUGGAAGAGGCUACGAGACGUUUAAAGGAUGAGAAUAAAGUGUAUUAUAUACAAUUCCUAGGUAUGCUCCUUUAUGGCGACACUUAUUCGAAAAUCGUCGAUCCCUAUAUACCUAAGGACAAAAUAAUCGACAUUCAACAGAACGAUGCCAGUAACAAACACAAGCUAUUGACGAACGCGUUAAAAGGCAUACUUAUGUCUGAUCCACCGGUACCGAUUGAAAUAAUCGCUAGAAUAUGCGAGGGUGAUUACUUGUCGUUGGCUUUACGGGUUUUAACGAACGUAUGCGAUCGAACAUCGCUAAUAAAGAUUAAAUCCUUCGCCAAGGAUUUAGCCAGUAAACGCGUCUCGGUUAGAAAACACGGAAUCAGGCUAAUCUGUAGAAUCGAAACGCUCCAAGGCAGUUCGGAUUUUCUUUUGUCGCAAUGGAGAGAGGAGAAGCAUCAUUCGAUUCGCGAAGUUAUAAUAAUGAAAGCUUACAAUAUGUUCAAGAAGGAACCUGGACCUACUACUUGGUCAACCUUUAGAAAUUGUCUACGUGAAUUUAAAUUGGAGGACUGGAAAAAUAAGAAACCGUUUAUGUUUUUAAUAAAAGAUAUCCCGACGGAAUAUGUAUGUGAUUUCAUUCGAGAGAUCAUCGAUAUGUCGGAAAAGGCCAUUAAGAUCGAAGAACUCGAUGACGACAGUACGGCAAGGUGGUAUAUAGAGAAUACUGUCAGCAAGAUAGACGAGGCCGUUGCCAACAUUCUACCGGACAAAUUUUGCGAGGAGAUCAUCGAGAAAUAUCUAUUCAAUCCCGAUUACGUUAUGAAAGAUACUUUUAGAAAAUUCACGGUAAACAAUUUUCUUUUAUUGAGGAAGGACAAGAUGGAAUCGAGAUUCGCUACGUUGACGGGUAUCUUUGUAAAAGUUGUCAAAACUGGUUGGGACGUGGCACAUCCGAAAAAGUCACAUUUCUUUCCCGUUAAUUACACAAUACGCGCCAUCAUACACGACGUAAUAUCGCACCUAUUGAGCGACACUAAAUACGAUUUGCAAAUGAUUAAUGGAACGUUGAAAUUAUUCGAUAUGUGUAUGACGCCGGAUAUGGAUCUGACGACAUACUUUUUGUUGGUUUUGACGAAGGAAUACGUCGAAUCGAACGAACCGAGCGUUUUCGCAUCGAAAUUGUGCGAUAAAAUACCUGAAUUGGUCUGCGAGUACAGUCCCCUUUAUCCGUCCAGCAUCAUCGAUUCCCUUCAACAUUUCUUUGCGAUAAUUCGUAUCGAAAAUCUCGAGGAAUUCAAAUUAAUCAUUAUAGAACACCUCAUCGAAUGUCCGUCCAUCUAUGCUAAUCUGGUUGCAGCAUCGAGUUUACCAAUUAUUAAAAUACCGGCCAAUGUUGCAAGAUACGAUGCACUGGUAAAUGUACUUCGUAAUAGCGAUAAUCGUACGAUUAAAAGUAUAAUGUACACGAAGAUCAACGCGGCCGGCUUUUACAGCUGCAGCGUUGAUCAAUAAAAACUAAUUAAUAAUUUAACUUUCAUUUUAAUAUCUUAAGCAAGUAUCUACAUACUGCGACGUUAGAUACAUAUUUUACACGUUCAUAAGUCUCUUUAAAAACAUUAUAAAAUCUUUAAAACAUUCUGUAAAUUAACUAUCCUCGAGUACAAAGUUUUCACGUGUGCAUAUCGUAGAACGCGUAUGUUCUUUAAUAAGAGCCUCACAAUUUUUUUUAUUAUUUUUUUUCUCUCUUUUUCCCUUUACGUUAAUCUACCACUGUAAAGUCAUUUCAAUAGAUCAUACUUUUAGUAUCGUAUAGAUAUGUAAAUAAUGGAUUAAUAGUAGAUAGUAAUAAAUGUGAACAAAAAGGAGAGUGAUAUUUUUAUACGAUUUAUUUUUUUUCUUUUUACUUUUUUUUAUUUUUUAUAUUUUCGUUUAUAUUUACUGCUAGAUUCGUUUAUUACUUUUGAUACCAUGUAUAAGAUGAGCGUAUGUUAAUUAUAUCUUAUUAAAAAAAAACUUUGCACGUUC